UAUGUUUUCAUCAAUUGAAAUACUCACAAAAAAUGAAAGAUAGAACUCUCGUCUAGGAACAUAAAGAAAAAAAUUCAAAUUAACCGGACAGACCAUUUUGAAUGGUGACCAACCUUCUAAUUAUGAUUAUUCUAAAAGACACACACAUGAAAGUAAAAAUAUUAAAAUAUAUUAUAGAUGAUAAAGGAGAUCACUAAAGUUUUCUUAUGAAGAUGGGUUAUUCAGUUUCAGAUGAUCCUAAUUAUUAAGAAUAUCAGAAGAAAAAUAGAGGAAGCUCAAUUUCAACAGAUUAGUAAUCAAGAUAAAGAAUAACAAGUCGUUAAUCUAAUAAUAAUUCUGUUGCUACUAGAGGAUAGAGUAUAGAACUUAAUAACAAUUAUGAUAAUAUGAACUGUCCAAGAAUAAGUCUGUACAAUCCAAGAACAAUACGAAAAACAUUUUAAUGUGAUGAUUCUGAUGGUGGACUUGAGAACUUUAGUGAUCAUUCACACUAUAUUAGUGUUGAUAAUACUCCAAAACCAAAUAAAACUACUAGUUUUACAAAAGAAACGAUAUCAAAAAUUCCAACUUUGAUUUAAUUUAAAUUUCAAAGGAUUAGAAGAUGUUUUUAAAUGAUUAAAGCAUUAUUAAGAAUGAAGAAUCUUUGCAAGUAUUAUUAUUUAUAAAUAUUCAAGUUAAAAGAGAACAUCAUGGUAAUUAAAAUAAGAGAUUUUAAAAAGAAAUUAGAAAUCAUUGAAAUAUAAUGAAGGUAUUACUGCAAUCAAAAUUAAAUAAUGGACAUAAAUGGUAUUCUCCAAAAUGAUUUCUAUAAUUCAAUAAAAAAGAUUAGAUAAGUGCAAACUUAAUUUUAUUGUAAUUUUUAUAUUUAAUAUUUUAGGACAAUCCUGAAAGUAUGUCAUAAUUAGAAAAAGAUUAAGCAAUUAUAUUUGUAUCAAAUAUUUUCACUUUUGCUAUGUCUAAUUUAGUGAUAAUGACAUCUAGCACUAAUUUAUUAAAUGAAUUAUAAGUCUUAAUGUACUAAGAAUAAUUUUUUGAAUACAGAAAACAAUUUAGUAAAUUUGUUAGUCAAAGAGCUAAUUAUAUCUGUUAAGAUUAUUAAGUAUUAACAGANAUAAAAAUUUGAUUAGAUUAACACUAAGUUGAUUAUGUUUUCAUCAAUUGAAAUACUCACAAAAAAUGAAAGAUAGAACUCUCGUCUAGGAACAUAAAGAAAAAAAUUCAAAUUAACCGGACAGACCAUUUUGAAUGGUGACCAACCUUCUAAUUAUGAUUAUUCUAAAAGACACACACAUGAAAGUAAAAAUAUUAAAAUAUAUUAUAGAUGAUAAAGGAGAUCACUAAAGUUUUCUUAUGAAGAUGGGUUAUUCAGUUUCAGAUGAUCCUAAUUAUUAAGAAUAUCAGAAGAAAAAUAGAGGAAGCUCAAUUUCAACAGAUUAGUAAUCAAGAUAAAGAAUAACAAGUCGUUAAUCUAAUAAUAAUUCUGUUGCUACUAGAGGAUAGAGUAUAGAACUUAAUAACAAUUAUGAUAAUAUGAACUGUCCAAGAAUAAGUCUGUACAAUCCAAGAACAAUACGAAAAACAUUUUAAUGUGAUGAUUCUGAUGGUGGACUUGAGAACUUUAGUGAUCAUUCACACUAUAUUAGUGUUGAUAAUACUCCAAAACCAAAUAAAACUACUAGUUUUACAAAAGAAACGAUAUCAAAAAUUCCAACUUUGAUUUAAUUUAAAUUUCAAAGGAUUAGAAGAUGUUUUUAAAUGAUUAAAGCAUUAUUAAGAAUGAAGAAUCUUUGCAAGUAUUAUUAUUUAUAAAUAUUCAAGUUAAAAGAGAACAUCAUGGUAAUUAAAAUAAGAGAUUUUAAAAAGAAAUUAGAAAUCAUUGAAAUAUAAUGAAGGUAUUACUGCAAUCAAAAUUAAAUAAUGGACAUAAAUGGUAUUCUCCAAAAUGAUUUCUAUAAUUCAAUAAAAAAGAUUAGAUAAGUGCAAACUUAAUUUUAUUGUAAUUUUUAUAUUUAAUAUUUUAGGACAAUCCUGAAAGUAUGUCAUAAUUAGAAAAAGAUUAAGCAAUUAUAUUUGUAUCAAAUAUUUUCACUUUUGCUAUGUCUAAUUUAGUGAUAAUGACAUCUAGCACUAAUUUAUUAAAUGAAUUAUAAGUCUUAAUGUACUAAGAAUAAUUUUUUGAAUACAGAAAACAAUUUAGUAAAUUUGUUAGUCAAAGAGCUAAUUAUAUCUGUUAAGAUUAUUAAGUAUUAACAGAAUAAGAAAAAUAACUAAUAUUAUCUGAAUGUGUAAUCAUUAAUAAUCUGAUUCCAAGUUUGAUAAAGAUGACAGAAAGCUUGGAUAUAUUAAAAUGUAAUAAGCCAAGCAUAGAAUUUUUAAUUAGAUGUUUAAUUUCCUUAAUUCAGUAUUUUUUUAUAUAGAACUUUUCUAAUAUUCCUAAAAUUGAAAAGAAAAAAUAAAAAAUUAAUUUCUCUUAAUAUCAAUUAGGCAAGAAUGAUUCUUCAAUGAUAAUUAUUUAAAAUACUCAAAUCAAGUCAGAUGAAAUGAUUUUUGGUACUUACAAUGAAUAACAAUUAAAAGAUUUCUUAUCUAAAGAAAAUUGGUCAGAGUCCAAUAAAAAGAAAAUGAACUAAGUAACAACUAAUUUAAUCAGUAUUUUCUGA